CCCUCCGCAACCAACACUCACCAGCCCGUGGCUUGGACGCCCAGAGGAAGAAGCAGCUCGAAUUUGUAAGCUUGGUGACACCUUGAAAGUCUGUUACGGACAAUAAAGGCUGAGUAGAGCGGCAAAUCGUGUCAGAAGGUGAAAGUCAAAAGUGGAGCCUUCCGCAGGCAUGCCUUUCGGUGCCAACAAUCUGCGUGCGCCAGAGGGCCCAGUAAGGUGAUCAUCCAGCUUCAACUCAUUGCAGUCGCGUCGCGCCAUAGAGUUAUUUUCAGGCUAGGCCAUACAAGCAGCAGCCCUCUUGACGUCUAGCACCGGCCUUGCUCAACCAAUCCAUCUUGCGUUUUGCAUCCGAGAGCAUCCCUGCCAAAGAUGGCGCCUCAGCCGCACUCCAAUCUGGCUUCCAACCUGUCCAUCCAGCCUUAUGAUCCCGCGCAAUACAUUCAAACCAACAUGACGGGCAAUCGGGUGUCUCGAAAGUGUCACAUCAUGGGCAGUUCAAACAUCAUUCUGGGCGGUAAAUGCGUCAUUCAUCAUCACGUCAUCGUUCGGGGAGAUCUGAAGAAAGCCGCUUCGGCUAUGCCUCCUUUGGCCGCUGAUGCCACCGAGGCUCAACAAAGGGCAGCGCAAAAAGGCUCGCAGAUCGUCGUCAGUAUAGGUCGGCAUUCAAUUCUCGGCGAGGGCUGCAUCAUUAGGCCGCCGUACAAAGCAUACAAAGGAGCCUUCUCGUACUACCCUAUCAAGAUUGGAGACCACGUCAUCAUUGGAGCGGGCAGCAUUUUGGAAGCGGCGGUGGUGGGCAGCUGCGUGGACAUCGGUCGUAAUGUGAUCAUCGGCAAGUUCGCAGUGAUCAAGGACGGUGUGAGGAUACUGGACAACAGCGUUCUGGCUCCAGGACAGGUUGUCAUUAGCGGUACAGUGUGGGGUGGCAGCCCAGCGAAAUGCCUCGGAGAGCUUUCGGAAAACUUCAUGGUCAUCCAUGAAGCAAGGACGAAAGACUAUUAUGCCCGCUUCAGACCAGGACCUGCAGCUGGCACCGAAAAGUAA